AUGUCGUCCAAACAUGCUGCCCAAGGCGGAAGGAUGAAACGACACGAUGCUGUCGUAAAUUUGUUUGAGGAAGUCCUCUGUAAGAAAGGUUACAAAAUAGAAAAAGAAAAAACGUACGUACGUGGCAAAAGGAAGUGGAAACCUGAUCUCGUUUGUUCUGGGAUUGGAAGACGUUCUCCGUUGUUACCUUGGCUGACGAAGUGGCGGAGACCGACCGGGCGAGGUUCUGCUUGGGGCCAAUGCCGGGGAUGCACUGAGGCUUCCAACACCCCCCCCCCCCCUCUCCACGACCCGGCCCCCCUGGUCUGUCGAUCUGUAGGAGUCAGUCCUUGUCCGAGAGAUGGAGGAUUGUAA